CGGGGCUCGGGGAAGAUGGCCGCGCUGACAGCAGAGAGCUUUGCGGCGCUCCAGAGCCUGCUGAAGGCCUCCUCGAAAGAUGUGGUCAGACAGCUGUGCCAAGAGAGCUUUUCCACUUCAGCCCUUGGCUCGAAAAAACUCUUGGAUAUUACAUGUUCCAGCUUGUCUGUGACGCAGGAGGAGGCAGAGCAGGGCUCCCCGUCUGUCCUGCAGCUGCUCCAGGCUCUGCACCGCCUAACCAGGCUGGUGGCCUUCCGUGACCUGUCCUCCGCCGAGGCGAUUUUGGCUCUCUUUCCUGAAAAUUUCCACCAAAACCUCAAAAACCUGCUGACAAAAAUCAUCCUAGAACACGUAUCCACGUGGAGAACUGAAGCCCAAGCAAAUCAGAUCUCUCUGCCGCGCCUGGUUGACCUGGACUGGAGAGUGGAUAUCAAGACCGCCUCAGACAGCAUUAGCCGCAUGGCCGUGCCCACCUGCCUGCUCCAGAUGAAGAUCCAGGAAGAUCCCAGUCUGUGUGGAGACAAGCCCUCCGUCUCGGCUGUCACCGUGGAGCUGAGUAAGGAAACGCUGGACACCAUGUUAGAUGGGCUGGGCCGCAUCCGAGACCAGCUCUCUGCUGUGGCCAGCAAAUGACCCCAGCCAGUUGCCAGCCCCACCGCCAGGCCCCAGCUGCUCGUCCGCGAGGGAGCACGUCCCAGGAUGCGGGUGCCCUUGGAGCAGCAGCUGCAGCCGACAGCAGGCCAGAUAGUGGGGACAGAGAGGCAGGCUGCCCUCCAGAAGGCACAGUUGGAUCGGGAAGGAGCAGCCAUGGCCCCGUGCUCUUCUCCCUUGUCUUCUUGUUUCUCUUUCCGAAGCUCGUGAGCAGAAGCCUCUGUCUCGGAGAGGCUCAUGUGUGGGACUUAGUUACCACCGUGGCAGUGUGAGGGAGCAUUCGCUUUAUCAGCUGCCUCUGCGUGGCUGAUUGGAAAAUUCAGGCCCAGAUUGUGGAGCUUGUCUAAUAAGUUCCUUUCCAGCAUUAGCUCUAAUCAGUUCGUUUCCAACCCUGGAACACGUUGGGGAAUCAGGUGAGCGAUGCCAGCGGUUCCUGCCUGUGUGUCAGAGGAGCCAGGCAAAUCCCACCGAGCAGGGCCACUGCAGUGUGGCCCACCCCGGCCCUAAACCCAGGGCCUUCCCAAGCUCCCUCAGCCCUGCUGGACCACCUUUCAGCGUAGGAAGUCUGAAAUGGAUGCUGAUUCCCUUCUUCGUGAAGCCAGAGGCCCCUUGAUUUAAUGCAGCUGCUCUAGGGCAAAGAAGUGGGAGUGACUGGAAAUAAAUGAGUCCUAAAAUGUCGUGAUUCUCAUCACACCCCUUGUAGCUUCUGUCCUUAGCCCGAGUUGUUGCCCUAGGCCAGUGCUGCCUCUUGUCGGUAAAGGUGACCCCGACUUCCUAAUUCCCGGCUAAGCCCGUGACCAGGGUGUGACCUGACACCAGGCGUUUGACCCUCUCCACCUUCCAUGUGUCCCUCUGUCACAUAGUGCAAAAGAGAGCAAGUGGACAGUCAGUAUGCAGCUGCUACAAGAGCUGUGACGAAAGCAGUCCUUAGAGGUGAACCAGAUGAGGUCAUCUCUGUCACGUGCCUGACGCGUCAUCCGGACUCGGUGUGUGAGGCUUUCCCCCUCGUUAUCCCGAUGGCCCUGGUACCACAGCCUGCAGCCUGCUCUGUAAGCGCUUUGCUUUGGUGGCUGCUCGGGUGGUAUGUGCGGAUGGGUGGGAGGGUGGACUCGAGCAGGCAGCUCUGCUCUCAGCGGUAAGGUGCUUGGUCUCUCAGCCUCAGUUGUCCCCCAUCCCCAUUUUUUUUUUAAUUAAAUGGGGUUAGUAAUAGUACCUACUCUGUAGGGCUUUUGUGAAGAUUAAAUGACCUAACGUCCGUAAAAGCACUUAGCACUGUUAUGGCAAAUAGGAAGGGCUCGAUAAUGUUGGCUCCAAUUAUUCGUGGGCAUGGAAGCAGAACACUCUCUGCGUUUGUUUCAUCCUCUGUCAGAGGGCUGGUGAGACAGUGACUGUUAUGAUCCUCCCUUUGUCCCUGAGGAAAUCAGCUCAUUGAGGUCAAGUCACCUGCUGAGAAGUGGCCUCAUUAGGACUUUGGCCCAGAUUUCUAGAUUUCUCUCUACCACACAGGACUCUGCAAAGGGAUGUGGAGUCUGUGACUUUAGCUCCAUUUGGAAAAUACUGGAACUGAAGUGGAGAUGAGAAAACUUACUCGUGAGACAUGGGGAAAGUCAAGAAAAGAAUUCUCAUGCUCCUCUCUGCUGUCUCCUAGAAGCUGAGCUACCUUCUGUUGGAUGGCAGUUCUUAACGCUUUGGGGCCAUAUCCAUUGAGAAUCUGGUGAAAGCUGUGGAUCCUUUCCGUAGGAAAUGAGCAUUCAGUUUUUUACAUUCAAUAACAAGAGUUCAUGGACCCUGGAAGCCAGCCCACUAUUUCCAGGUCGAGAGGCCCUGGUCUCACCCUCAGUUGAGGUGAGGCUGAGACCAGGUGAGACACAGAUUCAUCCUCUGUGUUUUCCUCCCACUCCCUGGGACCCCCAGACAGAGAUCUCCAAUCCCCCUUCUCUGGGCCUCUAGAAGAAACUGACUUGAAGCAGGGAGCCCUGCAUAGGUGUCUGGACAGUUCAACAUUCUUUUAGCCAGAUCCACCUGAACAGAACCAUCUGGGUACAUGCCUUACAGAGGCAUUCAGUAAAUACUGGAAAAUUCAGUAAACAUUUGCUGCUCUUCCCCACAGUGCUCAUCUGAGGGUUUGUUUUCCACUCUUAGGGAGGAUGGGUUGAUUGUAGGUACUGUAUUUCUGGUUGGCCUGACCCUGUCUCAGAAAGGGUCCUAUUUACUACCUGUUGAUCUCAAAGGAAGUUCCUUUAUUCCGUGCUUGUCCAGUUUCCCAGUAGUCCUUUGUGUAACGAGCAGCUCUCUGCAGACCCUCUUUUCCUUAGGCUGCGGCACGGUUUGGAUGUCCAAACUCCAUCCACAAAAGGGCAAGGAGAGAUCUCGUUGGUGCCCAGCAUUUUCCACCCACCUGGCCACAGGGGUGAGCGUGUGGCUCAAUCCUGAUCGAUCUGCGUGACCCAUAGAGAUUGUCCCAUGGUUGUACAUGACUCAAAUUGGGCCAAUCUGAGUCUUUCCCUGUGACUUUUUCUGCCCGAACCAGCAGAGAAGACCACCUCCUGCCUCUGGGCUCUGAUAGUGAAGCGGAGACGCUUGGGUCCAUCUUCCUGCCACACAGAGAAGGCCCCUCUGCACAGGGGGAGGCUAGCCCAGAGCCAGCAACCCAGAGACUGGGGAGAGGGUGGGAAAACCCAGUGUGUCUGACACCAAUUCCAGUCUUCCUCCUGGUGUAUCAGUCGAGGUGGGCUGGGCUUGUAUUAAAAUGUACCCAGGAUUUGUUUUUAUCAGGGAUGGUAAGACACACAGAAACGGAAAUUAUUGUCAGGAAGGAAGAAGUUUAUAUUCACAGAUCCUAGAAACAGGAGGUACAGCCCAUCACACAGGGCCACAUAGGGAACGACCGGGGUUGGUCAGGGGUCAGAGAGGGUAAGGCCUUUAUUGGGGUUUUCGCAGGAAGGAAUGGGCGAGGCAGGGUAGAUGUGCUGAGUACGUUUAGGAUUCUAUAGUUGGAAUAUUUUAGCAGGCUCUGGGCUACAGGAGUAGUCCCUAGUAGCCCAGUACCUGGUGCUGGGGUGAAUCACGCCAGGGGGAGUAUUGGCUUGGUGUGUGAGUUUGAUAAAAGACAUAGUUGGGGGUGUGGCUGUGGAUUGGUUGAUUUGUGUAUCAAAGGCAUGUUUGGGGUAGUUGUUUGCUGUCUCUAGGAAUUAGCUAGCCCUGGAGGGGCAGUCUCUCCGGGACCAAGGCCCCAAAUGCCUGAACAUCAAGAAUACAGAAAAUAAGGGGCCAGCCGGUGGCAUAGUAGUUCAGUUCGCACGCUGCUUUGGCGGCCCGGGGUUCACGGGUUUGGAUCCCCGGCACAGACAUACACACCGCUCAUCAAGCCAUGCUGUGGCGGUGUCCCACAUACAAAAUAGAGGAAGAUUGCCACAGAUGUUAGCUCAGGGACAAUCUUCCUCAAGAAAAUGAGGAAGAUUGGCAAUGAAUGUUAGCUCAGGGCCAAUCUUCCUCACCAAAAAAAAAAAAAAAUUACAGAAAAUAAGAAAAUGUAGUCAGUGCAAGGUUAUGCUGUAGUAACAAACAAUCCCAAGUUGCAGUGGCUUCUAACGCAACAAAAGUUUAUUUAUUUUGGCUACACAGCCAAUGAAGGUUAGGGACAGGAGGCAAGUGCUCAGCUCACUGUGGUCACUGAGGGACCCAGGACGAUGGGAGCUUCAUCUCGACACGUGCCUCUACCAUCCCCAAGGCAGGAGGGGGGAAUAUGGCAGAUCGCACUCUUGCUCUUAAAGCUUCUGCCCAGAAGUGACAGGCAGGUCACAUGGUCACACCUAACUUUAAAAAGGGCAGAGAAUUUCAGUCCCACCAUAUACCAGGAAGGAAGAGAAAUGGGAUAUUUGAUUAGCUCUGGUAACUACCGUACCCUGUCAUCUGAACUAAAAGAUUCCUUUUUUGCCUAAGCUGGUUUGCACUUAAAAAGGAAAGAAUUGUGAGUAAUAACAUGCACGCCCUCUCAGCAUCUUUUCUCAUGAUAAACCUCCUCACCUGUGCUGCUUCAAAGCAUUCGCAACAUUUUCCCAAAUAUCUUAUUGCCUGUUCACUGUAACCUCCUGAGUCAGUGGAGCAGCCCUUCGUUAAGUAUUUGUGCAUUUUACUGAGGAGAAGUCAGCUCGGAGAGGUCCAAGGCUGAGUCAGAACUCGAAUCUGGGGCCGUCAACUCCAAGGCCAGCGGUCUCUCCAUUCCUGCCUCAGUUUUGAGAAAAGAAAACUUGGAUUCUUCACAGAUAGCUGAACUUUCCCCUCCUCUGGCGACUUCAGCUCUCUCCCAGUCCUGCCUUCCCACUUCCAUCUGGCUCAUCUUGAUCCUCCGUUGCCUCCUUUCCUGGUGCUUUUCAGGUCCAAAGACGUUGAUGCGAGGACCAGACGCUUGAGUCUUUCCCACGUGAGCCGGUCGUGCAAACACACACUCUGGGCACCACGUCCAGCAGCCAUUAGUCAAGCUCUGGGGUCUGGUAUUUACAAGUUUCUAGGAAGUGAGUCCAGCAUGGGGCAGAAGGCUCUCCGUUAUUUAGUAAGCUGAGAUGUUAUCAGAAGUGAGAGAGGGGUUUUAUUACUUUUAAAAAAUAUUUUCACCUAGAAACCAUUGGCUACCUGGCAUUUUGAAAUUUCCAGUGGUUGAAGAUUUACAAGAACUAUUUUGAAGCUGUAACUGCUGACUUCCAAAUACUUAUAAUUCCUAAACGUUCUCUUGCCUGCAUGAUAUUGACUUUUGUACAGCCUGUUUCUUUAAUGCUCACAUUUCUGUGGUUUAAUUGUCCUUUUUAUGACUAAGAAAGAAAAAAGAUUUUUUAAUAGUAUUUCUGGUUGUUGCCAGAGGACCCUAAUCUCCAAGGAGAGAGAACCAUUCUUCAUUUGAGGGAAUGUCGAGAGCUCUUGAAGUUGCGUCUGAGAAGCUGCGUUUCGUUGCCCUGGGCUCUGGGGAAAGACGGACGGGCUUCCACGCCUCGUCUGUAAAUGGAGAUACGAUAACCACUUAGGUAACGCAUCUCGUAGAUUCACAGUGAACUACGAAGUGGACCCCUCGGCUGAAGAAUGGGACGUUCUUGGCUGUUGGUGUCAACGGUGCACUGGCCACAUGCCCUUAGGUACCACACGGCGAGAUACAGCACUGUCCCAACAAGUUGAGCGAUAGCGAAUUGAGAGAUGCUCUGGGAUGUCAGAGGGCACUGGGUCAUUGUUAUAAAGGUGCUGGAUCCGCAGCCCAGGGAUGGCCUCCGGUUGGCACGUCAGGAACUCUGAUAAAGCUGCUACUCCAGGCAUUCCUUUGGCUUGUUCAGCUUCUGGGAGUGGGAGUCACUGUGUGUGUUAGGAUGUUGGUUUGAAGCUGCUUUAACAAAGGCCCAGUUUCCAUGGAUUAAAGAAUUCCGUUCCUCUUUCUCAUGAAAGAAUCUGGGCUGGUAGAAGGUUUGAGGAGGUAGGAUGGUUCUGCUCCAGGAGGUGGUCCGUAGACCCAGGUUCCCUCCAUCUUGUUGCUUCACCAACCACCAGGUGUUGCCCUCAUCCUGUGAACAAAGCCUGCUCACCACUACACCCCAAGUCUGCAUCCCAGCCCCCAGGGGAGGGGAGAGGGAAAGAGGAGGGUGUACCCCCAAAGUUACCACUUCUGUCCACUCAUAGCCCAUUGGCCACAAUCACAUGGCCUGUGCUUAGCUGCACGGUAGCUUGGGAAAUACAGUCUCUGGCUGGGCAGUAGGUUUCUAGCCAAACUAUGGGGUGGCGGUUGGGGCAGGGGGU